AUGCUGAAUCUAAUUUGGGACUGUGUUUUUAAAGUGAAGAGGCCCAGGGUCACCAGUGUGGACAUCCGGAUGAUUAAACCAGACGAGUUGAAGUACGAACAUCCCAAAAAGCCUUUCAUGACCACAGCCACCUCAGAGGUCUACAAAGGAGAAUAUAAUGGAUUUGCAGUGGCGAUCAAGAGAUACAUGGACCCGAUGAACACCAGCCCAGGGGAGGUGAGGUCUGUUUUCAAGAAAGAAGUUGACACCAUGAAGCGGUUCGAGUCACCCUACAUCCUGCGAAUGUUUGGUAUCUGUAUCCAGGAUGAAAGCAGUCCCGAACCUGAGUUCCUCAUCAUCAUGGAAUACUGUGAGAAAGGAAGUCUUCGGCAGCUUCUUGCAAAAUCUGAUUGCAAACUGUCUUGGACCAGGAAAGCUCGUAUGUGUCUGGAUGCAGCACAAGGACUCUAUCGACUGCACCAGACAGAAGAAAAAAGUAAUGUUCACGGAUACAUCAACAGCUGCAAGUUCCUAGUGGCUGAAGGAUACAGAGUCAAGCUGGGAGGCUUUGAGCUGUCAAAAACAGAGACAUCACUGAAAAAGCAGACGAAGGACGAGGAGAUCAGGUCCCUGUGCUACUCCUCCCCCCAGAUGCUCAACAGCAUCAACAAUGUCUACAGCAAAAAGUGUGAGAUGUACAGCUUUGGAAUCGUCCUGUGGGAAAUUGCGACCCGUAGGAUACCUUUUGAAGGGCAUUCAGACAAAGACAUUUAUCAAAAAGUGUGCAAAGAGAGAUAUCAAGAACCACUUCCCGAUGACUGUCCUGAGCCACUGCGGCAGCUGAUCGAAGACUGCCGGGCCUAUGAUAGCUUCCAGAGGCCAUCUGCUGGAGUGCUGGUGGACAAACUGCGCAGUGUGGUGGCACAGAUGGAGGAGAAGAAAGCAACACAGCUGUGAAGUAAACUGGAACUUUAGCAAACACAUACAGAACCAGUCAAAGGUUUGGACAAGCCUGCUUUUUCAGGGGUUUAUCAUUAGUUUUACUAUUUUAGUGUGUAGAGCAUGACUGCAGACACCAAAACUAUUAAAUCACAACAACAACAAAAACAACAACAACAAAUAAACACCUUUAGCUUUGAUAACAACUUAGAGUAUUCUUCAUUCUACCAACCAGCUUUAUAAGGUUGUAUCACCUAGAGCUUUUUCAGCAGACAUUUAAAUAGUUUGAGGAAAUACCAAACAAAUGUGUGGCAAAUUAAAGGAAGAACCAACACAGUGUCUCAGUAAUGUGGUGUUCCACCAAGCACAGCCACAACAGCUGCAGUGCAUCUUGAAACUGAUUCUCCAAGUCUCUGGAACUUUACUGGAGGAAUGAACAGCGUUCCUCCAAAAUAUAUUCCCUCAUCGAGCGUUUUGAUGAAAGUUGUAGGAAGUGCUGUGUAACACGUUGGUCCCAAACCUCCCACAGGUGUUCAGUUGGGUUAAGAGCUGUUGUCUGUCAGAGUCACAGCAUAUGAAUAAUGCAAAGCACUGAGUGACUGCUGGUGAGGUUCGGCGCCCUGUCAUCCUGGAGGAGAACAUUCCUGCCAGGAUACCAAUGUUUCAUCAUAGUGUAAAGGUGAUCCCUCAGAAAUAUUUCACAUUGAUUUACAGUGACCCUUUACUCUGAAGUCAAACUCAGGCAAUGUCAAACUCAUGUUCAUCUCGGGCCACAUCAGCAUGAUGUUUGCCCUCGAAGGCCCGGUUGUGACUGUAAGACUGUAUUAAAUGUAAUGACUCUUUCACUUGUCAUUAAAUGACGGUCUCUGCAUUUGAUUAUUAUUUAUUCUAUGUACAAAUAUUGUGCAUGCCUUUACCUAAAAGUAAAAUAUGUGUGGGUACAUUGCUAUGUUAUUAUAACAUAAAUCAUAACAUUAUAUUAUGUUAUGUAAAUCCCAUUAUUCUAUCAGAUUAAGAAACACAUAUCUCUCGCGGGCUACAUAAAAUGAUGUGGCGGGACGAAUUUGGCCCGCAGGCCUUGAGUUUGACAUAUGUGCUUUAAAGGGACAAGUGGACACAAACCACUGGAUCCCCUCACUAUAGGGGUCCAUAAAUAACACGGCUUACCUGUUAGUUAGAACCCAUUCUGGGCGACGGUCCUGUAGUGUGCAACGCUGUCAUCAUUGCAAAGAGCUGCUACUAAACAACAUACUGAAACAUAUUUUGAUUUUUCCAUGUUUUUCUUACUACAUAAUGCCAUGUUUUAUUUCAUAGUUUCAAUGUUUCUAGUCUGUUUCUACUCUGUAGAACUUAGUUAAAAGAAAACACAACAAUUGAAUUCGUAGAUGUCCAAAUAUUUGACUGGUACUGAUGUAAUUCACAAAAAAAGUUCAAUAAUGGUACUUUAAAUAAUGGUACUAAAAGCCACAGGUUUGUUUUUUUUUUGUUUUUUUUAACUGUGUCUUGGGUAGGCAUAAUUUUGUAUGGAUCUUCUUACCACAGGGGUGUCUCAAACAGCUUUAUAGCUUAUUUAAGCUAUAAAAUUGUUUAAAUGAUUCUAUACAAGGCUGCUAAAGGAACUGGUGUUAUGGGUGACUUGGAGAGCAGCUUUAUUUUACAGCACUGAACUGGUUUUCACUGCUCUGCCUCCACAUAGAGGUUACUGGCUGCCACUACUGUAUUUUCAAAGUGAAAAUGCCAAUCUCCUGAUGUCUGUAUUUUGGUUUACACUACUCUAUGUUCACGACUGAUAAUCUCAGUGAAAAAAAGUAGUGAUUGAUGCAACAUGAGCUGUGAUGUUCAGAUGUUAAAAUAGAAAUUAUACUGACUACUUGUACUUUCAUCCAUUGCUUUUCCUUCCUUUACUAUACUGCAAUUUCCGCUUUUCAGUUUUUUCAUUUGCAUGUCUACAUUAUUCUGUUAGCACACAGGCUAGUUUGACAGAGGAUUUGUUUCAGAUUGCAGGUACGGGUCAAUAUGGCAUGUCUCCUUAUGAUGUGUACAAUCUGACAGCAAAUAACAAUAGUCACUGCUUGAUUUGAAGGUUUCUGUUUGUUCAAGAGAAACUAAGUUAUUAAAAAUCAAGUAUUUGAAAAGUUU